CGUUCGGGCAGAUUUCAACCCCUCAGUUAAUUGAGAAGGAUUAGCUUCUGCCUCUGUGGUAGAAACAAGCCUUUCUCUGGAUGUUGGACUCCACUACCACGUCCUUAGUUCUGGUUUCAUGAUGUGUGUGUGUGUAUCGCAGGCGCCUGGUAUACCAAUAUGCCUGGAUCUCUUCCUGUGAAUGCUGAAGCCUGUUGGCCAAAAGAUGUGGGAAUUGUUGCUUUGGAGAUCUAUUUUCCUUCCCAGUAUGUUGACCAGGCAGAGUUAGAGAAAUUCGAUGGAGUGGAUGGAGGAAAAUACACCAUUGGCUUGGGACAAUCUAAGAUGGGCUUCUGCUCUGAUAGAGAGGAUAUCAAUUCACUCUGCCUCACUGCAGUCCAGAAGCUUAUGGAGCGGAACAGUCUGUCCUACAAUUGUAUUGGAAGACUUGAAGUUGGAACGGAAACGAUCAUUGACAAAUCCAAAUCUGUAAAGACAGUCCUGAUGCAGCUCUUUGAAGAAUCUGGUAACACAGAUGUAGAAGGCAUUGACACAACAAAUGCGUGCUAUGGAGGCACAGCUGCACUCUUCAAUGCCAUUAACUGGGUGGAAUCUAGUUCCUGGGAUGGGCGCUAUGCACUUGUUGUUGCUGGAGACAUAGCUGUGUAUGCCACUGGAAAUGCCAGACCAACUGGAGGGGCUGGUGCUGUUGCUAUGCUUGUGGGUCCAAAUGCACCCCUCAUUUUUGAACGAGGAUUGCGUGGGACCCACAUGCAGCAUGCAUAUGAUUUUUAUAAACCUGAUAUGGUAUCUGAGUAUCCUGUGGUAGAUGGCAAACUGUCCAUACAAUGCUACCUCAGCGCGCUGGAUCACUGUUACACUGUCUAUCGCAAGAAAAUCCGUGCUAAGUGGCAGAAAGAGGGGAUUGACAAAGACUUCACCCUGAAUGAUUUUGGCUUCAUAAUCUUCCAUUCUCCGUACUGCAAACUUGUUCAGAAAUCUGUAGCUCGUCUGCUGCUGAAUGACUUUCUUAAUGACCCAACACCCACAAAAGAAAAUGACAUUUAUAAUGGCCUGGAAGCAUUUAGAGAUAUAAAACUGGAAGACACCUACUUUGACCGAGAUGUGGAAAAAGCUUUUAUGAAGGCUAGUGCUGAAAUCUUCAGCCAGAAAACAAAGGCUUCUUUGCUUGUUUCCAAUCAGAAUGGAAAUAUGUACACACCAUCCGUCUAUGGCUGUCUUGCUUCUCUGUUAGCCCAGUACUCUCCACAGCAACUGGCAGGACAAAGGAUUGGGGUUUUCUCAUAUGGCUCUGGUUUUGCUGCUACCCUCUAUUCCAUCAAGGUUAGCCAAGAUGCAACUCCAGGCUCUUCUCUGGAUAAAAUCAUAGCAAGCCUGACUGAUUUGAAAGCAAGGCUUGAUUCAAGGAAAUGUAUCACACCAGAAGUAUUUGCAGAAAACAUGAUGCUAAGGCAAGAGACUCAUCACUUAGCAAACUAUAUUCCCCAGUGUUCAGUGGAUGAUCUUUUUGAGGGAACAUGGUACUUAGUACGAGUAGAUGAAAAGCACAGAAGGAUGUAUGCUCGUCGGCCCAUGCUGGGUGACAGACCUCUGGAAGCAGGAGUGGAAGUUCAUCUGGGACUUGCUGGCGAGCACAUUCCCAGCCCUGCCAAGAAAGUACCACGAAUUCCUGCAAAAAUGGACACUGAAGCAGUUGCUGUUACCCUUUCUAAUGGGGAACAUUAAGACACCUCUGUGAGGUGGAAGCUGAAUGGGUAUGGGGAACAUGGGGAUAUACAUGGGAUUAACCUGUGAUAACCCACAUUCUGCUGUACAGUACUACUUAAUUGGGGCAUGAAAAUUGUUAAGCUUGAGGCUCUGUUGUCUGAUGAGGUUUGUUGAUGUAUGUAGUUUAAUAACACUAAAGUUCUUGUGCUUCUUGGAAAUGAAAUUACCAAGGGCUCUUUGUGAAAACAUAAUUAGUUUUUGUUAAAAAUAGUCAUGGUUCAGGACUAGGUUAUGUAACUUAGGCUCAGGAAAACUUCAGUUGUCCUUGUCCUCCCACCCUUUUUUGACUAAAAUCUAUAACAUUUUGUAAAACUAGUUUCCAGAGAGGAAUUCCAGAUUUCUUAUAAAAGCCAUUAUUGAGAUAAGUUAAUGUGACUUACAGCCUUUCAUAUCUCCAUUUGAUCUUUAGUGUUAGGGUCUUAUGUGCCUUAACAAUAAAAAUGCCCUACAUCUUAAAUAUGACUCUGAUUCCACUUUCCAGAAUUCCCCACAUAUUUGAGGUGGGUGAAACUUACCUGUUUUUCAAGGUGCUAAUAAUUGGAUACCUUUUUUUUUUUUCCAACUGUCAUUAUUUCAACUUUAUCCAGAAAGCUGCAGGCUUGUGACUAUUGAUAAUCUGGUUUCCAAUUGCAUAUGUUUACACUUUUGUAAACUCCUUUGCUUCCCUUCUCCCAAAUAGUUUUUCUGUUCUAGUAAAACUAAAACGUGCUGGGCAAGAGCAGACUUUCUUCAUUAAAAGUACUGGCCGAGUAGUGGCUGAUUAGUUCAGAAAUGGUUGAAAAAUGAAUUUCUCAGAACCUCUCUCUUGUCAUCUUUUAUAAAGGUUACUUGAAAGUAGGGUUUCUGUAACUGGCUUCCAAACAAUAAAGAUCUUAUCAAAUGUUCAACCCAAGAAUAAUGAUCCUGAACAUUUUGCGCUGUUUUAGGUAUAUGUUGAGAGUUGUUCUGCAAGAAUAUCUGGCUGUGCAUUCGUGUAUGUUGUUUCAUAUUUCAAGCUUAUUUAAUGUUCAGUUUUCACCUCUGAAGGCACUCUCAAAGACUGCAUUCUCUAAGCACUUAACAGAGCAGACAUGCACAGUUUGAAGUUAACUCGCCAGAUCUGCAUGGCAGCUUGCUAGAUGUGGCUCCUAUGUUGAUUGCCAGUCUGAGACAGCAAAAAAACAGGGGCAUUAGUCGAAGGCAAUAUAUUACUUGUAGGCUGCCUUUGGCAUGUUGGUUCUGCUUAAGCAUAGCCCAUUGAUUUUUGCAGACCUACAUCAGACUAAGCAUUUGAACCUUUGCAAAUAUAGGCUCCACUGAGGGAAUCCAUUUGCCUUUUAGGUAGACCUGGAUGAACUGGAACUUAAGAAGAAAACCCUUCCUGGCUUGUAAAAUACAAUGCAUUUACAUUGGUUUCUGUCUGUGCUGGUUUCCUUUUCCUUUAAAAUAGUUCAAAAAGCUUUGUCUAAUAAAACUUGCAGAACUAGUGGAGAUUGUGCAAAUGUCACAAAAUGCAUGGUUUUGGUAAUACAUAGCUUUUCUCUUUUUUAAACUCUCAAGAGUUUGGCAAAUCUCUACAUCUGUACAUCCUUUGACUUAACAUGAGCUGAUUAAACCAGUGGCCUGAGUGCUGUGGGAUUCAUUUAUAUGUCAGAAAUGUAUCCAGUCCAUUGCAGGCAAUGGUUGGGCUGAGAACUGUAGCACAAAUUUAACCUUUAUAAACCUCACAAACCAAUGAGGCAAAUGCCUUGUAAAAAUAAAUGUUAAACUCUUUGAA